CGUCCGCUAAGUGUCGCCGCUCGCUUGCUCCGGCUCCAGUCUGCGGGACUCCGGGGCGGCGGCGGGGUCGAAGCGGCGCGGCGGAGGGGACAAGACCAGGGCAAGGGAAGGAGCCAGCCGGCCGGGAGAGCCCCGCACCCAGCAAGAUGCUGUCCUGGCGGCUGCAGACGGGCUCCGAGAAGGCCGAGCUACAGGAGCUCAAUGCCCGGCUCUACGACUACGUGUGCCGGGUGCGGGAGCUGGAGCGCGAAAACCUGCUCCUGGAGGAGGAGCUGCGCGGCCGGCGCGGACGGGAGGGCCUCUGGGCCGCGGGGCAGGCCCGCUUCGCCGAGGAGGCGCGCAGCCUGCGGCAGCAGCUGGACGAGCUGAGCUGGGCCACGGCGCUGGCCGAGGGCGAGCGCGACGCGCUGCGGAGCGAGCUGCGGGAGUUGCAGCGGCUGGGCGCGGAGGAGCGCGCUGCCCACGGCCACCUGGAUGCCGAGCUGGCGGCGCAGCGGCGCGAGCUGCAGGAGGCUCUGGACGCGCGCGCCGCCCUCGAGGCGUUGCUGGGCCGGCUGCAGGCGGAGCGCCUCGGCCUCGACGCGGCCCACGAGCGCGAGGUGCGGGAGCUGCACGCGCGCGCCGCCAGCCUGACCAUGCACUACCGCGCCCGCGCCGCCGCGCCCCCGCCGCGCCUGCGGGAGGUGCACGACAGCUACGCGCUGCUGGUGGCCGAGUCGUGGCAGGAGACCGUGCAGCUGUACGAGGACGAGGUGCGCGAGCUGGAGGAGGCGCUGCGGCGCGGCCAGGAGAACCGGCGGGAGGCCGAGGAGGAGACGCGGCUGUGCGCGCUGGAGGCGGAGGCGCUGCGGCGCGAGGCGCACGAACUGGAGCAGCUGCGCGCGCGGCUGGAGGACGAGCUGCUGCGGAUACGCGAGGAGUACGAGCUGCAGGCCGAGGAGCGCCAGAGAGUGAUCGGCUGCCUGGAGGAUGAGAAAGCAGAACUCACCUUGGCCAUGGCUGACCGGCUGCGGGAUUAUCAGGAACUCGUGCAGGUGAAAACCGGCCUCAGCCUGGAGGUGGCAACCUACCGGGCCUUACUGGAAGGAGAAAGCAAUCCAGAGAUUUUUAUCUGGACCGAACAUGUUGAAAAUGUACCACAAGAAUUCAGAAACAUGUCCUGUCAGUAUGCCAACUCAGUAUUACAGAGGGAAAAUGAAAGAAAUCUCUUUCCAAGGCGGAAAGUUCCUUCGGCGAGUCUAAAUGGCAGGUGGACGCCGUAUUCUAACCUGUCGGCCCCCUUCGGAUCUCAGACAACCACAUCUAUCGGGAGUGCUGCCACGCGAGGCUUCCUGGGCUCGGAAUAUUCUUCCUUGGCUACCAGCCGGCAGGAAAACUCGUAUGAAAAAACUGUCAACAAUCAAACCAGCUUCAGAACUUUCCCUCCAACCUAUGGUCAUUUAAGAAACACGGACGCUCCAGUGAAAACAUUCCCCAAUAGACCAAAAACGGAAGGUACGGUUGAUGCCACCACUCAUUUAGCCAAGGAUUCCACUGUCACCCGAGAGUCAUCCCGAGAACCCCUGGACAAUGUGGCAAUGGGUGCUUCCAAAAGUGCUCGGUCAAGUGAGAGAACCAUCAUUUUGGGAAAGAAAACAGAAGCUGAAGCUACAAGGGAGCAAGGAAGAGAUGUAUCAGGCACGGUCAAGAUAAAGCAAGAAGAGAAAAUGUUUGAUUCGAAAGAGAAGGCUUCCGAGGAAAGAAAUUUGAGAUGGGAAGAAAUGACAAAGUUAGAUAAAGAAGCAAGAAAGCGAGAAAGUGAGCAAAUGAAGGAAAAGGCUAAAGGGAAGGAACCAUUGAGCGAGAAAAUUGUGAAAGAGAGAGAGAUUCCGAUUAGUCUAGAAGUAUCUCAGGACCGCACAUCCGAGGUGUCCCCCAAAGGCUUACAGACACCCAUAAAGAAGGAUGCUGGUGGUGGUGCGGGCACAGGGACGGGCACAAGAGAGACGAGGUUCAGGCUGGACAGAGGCGAUGCCACCGGCUCUCUGAAAGACGAUUCCAUGACCGAAACCAUAGCCGAGAACAUUGUUUCCAGCAUCCUGAAGCAGUUUACCCAGUCUCCUGAUCCAGAAGCAUCCGAGGAGCCUUUUCCAGACACAAAAGUCACGUACGUGGACAGGAAAGAGCUCCCUGGCGACAGGGAAACAAAGACUGAAAUCAUUGUGGAGUCUAAACUGACCGAAGACAUCGAUGUUUCGGAUGAAGCGGGCCUGGAUUAUCUUUUAAGCAAGAACGUGAAGGAAGUGGAGCUGAAAGGGAAGUCAGCUGAGCAGAUGCUGGGGGACAUAAUCAAUCUGGGUCUGAAAGGAAGGGAGGGGAAAGCAAAAGUCGUCAACGUGGAGAUCAUCGAGGAACCCGUGAGCUACGUGGGCAGUGAGGCGGCAGGCGAGCCGUCCACCCCGUUUGAGGUGGAGGAGGUUGAUGAUGUACCUCCGGGCUCCAGGGGGCUGGUGGAGGAAGAGGAAGGUCACGGGGAAACGGACAGCAUGUUCUCAGUUAGUCAAGGCCAGAAGACCAAGCAGCCCCAGCAGAACAUAACUCAUGUUGAAGAAGUGAUGGAGGCAGGUGACUCAGAGGGAGAGCAGAGCUAUUUUGUGUCCACCCCGGAGGAGUCCUCUGGGGGGCAUGACAGAGAUGAGGGCUCAGUGUAUGGGCAGAUCCACAUCGAAGAAGAAUCUACCAUCAAGUACUCUUGGCAAGAUGAAAUAGUGCAAGGGGCUCGGAAGAGCAGAAGGAGGGACGAUGCAUUGGGAGAGAAGGUUGUACAGCCGUUGGAUGUUCCGGCUUCUUCUCUGGAAGGGGACGAAGAUUCUUCUCACUGGAAGGAACGAGUUAGAAGUGGUGAAUUCCAUGCUGAAACCACAGUCACCGAAAAGGAAAUUAAAAUACCACAUGAAUUCCACACGUCCAUCAAGGGAGUCUUCUCCAAGGAGCCCAGACGCCAGAUGGUGGAGGUGAUUGGGCAGCUGGAGGAAAGCCUUCCCGAGCGGGUGAAGGAGGAGCUGUCUGCUCUAACCAGAGAGGAUCAGGGCGAGCCUGGGAGCAUCUCAGUCGAUGUAAAGAAAGUUGAGACCCCUGACGGUGGCUCUGUGACCUUAGUUGCUGAAGUCAACCUUUCGCAAACUGUAGAUGCCGACCAGUUAGACCUGGAAGAGCUGAGCAGAGAUGAAGCCAGUGAAAUAGAGAAGGCAGUGGAGUCAGUGGUUCGAGAGAAUUUGGCCAAGCGGCACGGCCAAGCACCUGAGAGCCCGAAGAGGGAGGAUGGAGCGGGUGCCCCGGCUUCCGGCUUUCACAUCAAGCGCUGGGCUACCAGGGAGCUGUACAGCCCCUCUGGUGAGGGGGAUGAGGUUCUCGGGGCCCAUCUCAGCACGGAGCACGUGGCUUCCCCGGGUCCAGUGUCGGCCACUGUGGAAAUCAGCAGCAGCCCAACGGGCUUUGCCCAGUCACAAGUGCUAGAGGACAUAAGCCAGUCUGUAAGGCAUAUUCAGAUGGGUCCCACUGAGAUUUGGAGGACUGAGCAAGUUUCCCCCAAAGGACCCAUUGCAGAAGUGGUAGAGGUAAGUGGAGAAGGUGACCUUGAUCAGGCAGAGAGCUCGGCAGGAGCCAGCUGGUCUGUGAGGCAUUUUACGCUGGGUCCUAAUCAAAGCCAAACAACCCAAGACGUCAUCUUUCGAGGGCCUGUCCCUGCCUUUCAGGAGGAAGGGGCCACAGAGGAGUCUGGCCUGGCAGAGUUUCCCACAGAUACUGAUAAAUCAGGGCAGCACAUCACAUUGGGCUCCAAACAGUUCCAUGCUAAAAAGGAAAUUAUUUUUCAGGGCCCCAUUUCCAGGGCGGGGAAGGGUGGUGAUCAUUUUCAAACUGAAGAGUCAGUGGGUACCCAGACUUCCAUAAGGGUUCUUAAAUUAGACUCUAAAGAUGGGCUCAGUGAGCAAAUGCAAUUUGCAGUCCCCCUUUCAGACAAAAUGGAGUUGGGUGUCAAAGGUGAUUCUGUACACACCGAAGAGUCGUCAGGUCUCGCCACAUCCACCAGGCACAUCAAAAUUGGUCCUCGGGAGCAUCACAUCACUGAGCAGAUAGUUUUCCAUGGACCAGUUCCCCAACCAGGGGAGUCAAGUGACUCAGAAAGCAUUGUCCACAGAGAGGGCUCAACAGACACAACCCAAGCCACUCGUAGUUAUAGCCUGGGAAAAGAAAUCCUCAUGACUGAGAAAAGCACCUUCCAGAGAGUCCUUUUGGCAUCUCCUCAGGAGGAGAGUGCAGGCGAGACAUCAGGGGCAGGAGUGACAGCGGACAGUAACAGGUCCUUUAGGCACAUCAGACUAGGUCCUACAGAAACCGAAACCUCUGAACACAUUGUCUUCCACGGACCCAUUUCCAAAGCAUCGGCACUUGCUGGUUCAGCAGAUGCCCCUGAGGGAGGUGAGUUAGACAGCAGGCGAUCGCUCAGGCACAUUUCCAUGGGCCCCAAAGAAACUUCGUUUACCUUUCAGAUGGAUGUGAGUAACGGAGGGGAGAGCCCCAGCUCUGCCAGAUGGACACGAGAGGCUCCGGUCCUUCACCCUGGAGGGAACGAAGCAGAAUCUCAUGAUGUGUCUGAUGGUGGUGCCUGGGCAGAUGCUGGCAGUGGAAAUGCCCAGGCAGCGGGCGGGAGCUUCCAGAUCUCUGCCGGUGGCAAGCACCAGGCCCCUGGGGAGAAUGUCCAAGAGCGGGCUGUGUUUGAUAGGACGGUGCAGCUACAGAGAAUGGUAGACCAAAGGUCAGUGAUUUCUGAUGAAAAGAAGGUUGCCCUCCUCUAUCUAGAUAAUCAGGAGGAGAAUGAUGGACACUGGUUUUGAAAAGCAGAAAUACUUUGUUUUAAAUUAUUCAGUAACAUACCAACAUACACGGGCCUUUACUUAUCUUAAAAGGGGGAGCAGUUCACUCUUUAUUAAAACCUCCCCUGUGUUCACUUUCUUCAAUGAGCGCUCCAGGCAGUGUCCAUUUACUUUAUGGUUAAUAUGUAAAGGUUUCAGAUGAAAUCAUGCCUUAAAAGGCAUUGGAAUUUUAUUUUUGAGUUGGAACGUUCACAUGUUAUUUUUAUCUUUUUAGUCUUAAAAGGUUCCUUUUUCUGGAGUUUUCUCUCCACUUCUGGAGACGAUUUCUCCCAGUUUUGCACUUGGUUGUAGAAAUGCCUCGCUUCUGUUUGAAACUAUAAUUAUCUAUAGGUAAGAUGCUAAAACAGUAACCAGGUUAAAGUAAUAUAUUAAAGGCAAACUUUACUUGCAUGUGCUAAUAUGAAAUAGUAAGGCUAACAUUUUAAGGGAAAAAUAGGUUUUUCUCUUUCCAAAGUCUUUUCAAAAAGAAACCAUAGGAAAUAAGCAGACUGCUUACAUUUAAAAAAAAAAAGUCUGCUAAAUGGUUUCAUCUUUAGGAAACAGUUAUUUGCCAUAGAAUGAAACUCAUUUUAGCAUUUGAAUGAAUUGCUUUCUACAUGCAGAACUUUAAAGAACAUAGUAUUUUAUUUAUGGAGAAGCCAGCUGCAGUCUAUUGCGGUAUAUUAAUCAACAUACUAUGUUAGCACAGGUUCCUGGAAUAUUGCACUAGAUUGAUAUGUAGGUGAGAAGAUUACUGUGAAUUGCUUAUAAGAGUGAUUCUUUUCGGGGACACUAAGUAGUUAAGUAGUGUGUAGCCUCAAAAGUCUUUUUUGGGUCAUAACCAGUGCUUAUCAGAGUCCACUAAGCUUCUGUAAACCUUAACUGUCAGCACCAAGCAUUUAAAUUCACUUAUGGGAGGUAGACCUUGCAGGCAAUAAAAAGAAUUUUAAUGCCCGCACUGCAGCUAGACUUGCAAGAUGGAUGUGUGCAGUAAAAUCUGAAACUCAAGAAGCCUUUCUUAACCCACUAUAAGUGGGGUGGUGUUCUCCCUGAGCUGAAAGACCUAAAGGUUAAAAAUGACAACCACCCAACCUCAUGAAAGUUUAUGCACUUUCAAUGGAAAUAAUUACAGUUGGAGUGUUUGGUCCAGGGAGAGGAAUAAUAUGUUAAAUGGAAUGAGCUGUCUUGAGGAAGGAGGUGGGCACCUCACCUGCAGCUCGGCCCAGAGAUGCCAGGAGGGGCCCCGGAGGAUGGCAGAGACUAUUUGGAGGCCACAGGUUGCAGGUCUGCAGGUGUACACUACCGAGUUGAGAUGUUACGUUGCACAGUGCGUUUUCUAAGCUCCCAAAUUUUAAAGGUAUAGAAUCACAUAAGAAUAGUAUCUCUGGCUGCUUCACCUUAUUUUAGUCCAAACUAGAGUUCUUUUCAUAUAGGGCUGUUAGAGUUGUACUUCCUAGUAUACUGUCACGUAACUGACUAGAGUUUCCUAAGGAAUGGUGAGCCAAGUGUCAUGCCAUCUUCAGGUAGAUUGUCACGAUAGGGCCAGAGGGUGUGCCAGGAUCUGAAGAUGAUCUCCCUCCCACAGUAAAUGUGACACGGAGGGAUCUAACCACAUGCUGCCUGUCCUCGGCACGCUUCUCAGGUCGUGGCAAUGGCUACAGCAGGUAGUUUAUGCAGAGUGCCUUUUCCUAAUCGAUAAGUGGAGGACAAAUGCAGCACAGCUUUGAAGAUGAUCAUGGUGCAGAAAGAGCGAAAGUUGAUUUGGAUUGUAAAAGUUUAAAACCUUUCUUACCUAUCUGCCAGAAUGAACUAGGGUUUGACACAAACUGGUUCAGAGGUUCAACAAUCGAAGACUUCUCAUCUCAAAUAUAGCCAGAGAUAUGCUCUUUAGCGGAAAUCUGUAAUGGUAUUUUAUAAGUGAUUUAUUGGAGGGAAUGUGAUCGGGGUGCCCAGUCUGUUUUGAUGGCAACACAGACUGACAAUGAGAAGUCUAUUAUGUGAGUCUUAAGUGGGCUAGGUUUGAUGUGAGUAUCCCAUAUUGCAACCUGGUAAAUGGAUGCCGAUGUGAACAGGUUAUUAAUGUCAUGGAAAAUAAAACAAAAUAUCUUAGACCCUAAUUUUAAUCUCCAGGUCGGAAUGCCUGUCUGUAAGAAGUAUCCAUUACCAUAUGAAAUCCUGAGCUGUUGUUGGUUAAGUUUUUAGAUCACCUGGGAGCCCUGUCGGCCUCAGUAGAAUGACAGAUCACUCACAACUCUGUUUUUUUAAACCAGUCACUCAGAAGACAAUAGAAAUUAGCUUUGUGGUUGGAGGGGGUGAGGACACAGCCAGUCUUUUCCUAUCUAUUGUUGCAAAACGGUAUUAAUUGAAUGUUUUUCAACUUCCCACUGGUUGCUUUGGUCUUGUUUAAAAUGUAUAUUCUGAAUGGAAUCAUCUUAAAGAGCUGAUUUUGCUAACCUCCUGUUCCUGGCACAGAGAAAUGUCACAAGAAUGUGUGAAAAUAAAAACCUAAGAAAAAAAAUCCAUGUUGUUCUUAAAGAGAAUGA